AUGGGUUCAGAACGAGCUGGCAAAAGUGUUUUCUUGGGGAAUAUCCCAUAUAACCUCACUGAGGAACAGGUCAAAGAUAUCCUUAGUUCCGCCGGCACAGUGACCAAAUUCCGCUUGAUGAUGAACCCGGAGACAGGAAAGCCAAAGGGCUAUGGUUUCGCGGAUUUUGCCGAUGCCGAUGCAGCCGCCUCUGCAGUUCGCAACCUGAAUGACUAUGAGAUCAUGGGCCGCAAGAUUCGUGUGGACUGGCCGCAUAACAACGAGAAAGACUCCGUGCCUCCAGACUACUCGCAAUCGUCCCAACUUCCCGGGCAAGAUGUGCAAUCAGGAGCUCAGCAGCCAUCUGCAUCUCUCCCACCCCUACCACCGGGAAUCGAAUUACCUCCCCACUUGGAUUGUCCAAACGCUAUCUCGCAGACGCUCUCCUCCCUCCCACCGAACCAGCUUUUGGACGUACUCGCGCAGAUGAAGUCACUGGUGAUGGCGGACCCUGCUCGCGCUACAGAACUCCUGCGCCAAGCCCCUCAACUCGCCUAUGCAAUUUUCCAAGCGCUGCUUCUUAUGAACCUUGUUGAUUACAAUACCCUGGGCUCCGUGGUCGAGCAAGCAGCACAGCCCGCAGUGCCACCCCCCUCUGCCCCCCCUGUUGCACAGGCUUUUCAGCCCUUUUCAGCCGUUCCAGGCCAGGUAUCUACCCCGCCGAUGGUGAAUACUCCUUUUGCUCCUCAACCGCCGCCCGCACAGCAGCAACAGCUCCCAGGACAAGAUGAGCUGUUGCAGCAAGUUCUCAACAUGCCUCAGUCAGCUAUCGAUGCCCUUCCACCAAUGGAGCGAAGCCAGAUCAUGCUUUUGCGCCAACAGUUGAUGCAGAGCGGAAUGCGGUAG